CUGCACCAGGCAGCGAAGUGCGCGAGACGACCGGAUCAUGCAUUGCACAUUGAGAUAGUUCGGUAAUAAGUGUAAUAAUCGCCUAAGUAGACGAUAGUAAUGUAACGCCGAACUGUAAGGGCGGCAUGUCAAAGUGUGAAAACGUUUUAACAUAUAAAACACAUACAAAAAAAAUACACUUUAUAUUGAGUAAUAAGCCUCAUCAUUUAUUCAACAAUAACUUAAAAUAUACAGCUAAAGAAGCCAACACAAACAACUACACCUUGACAGAAGUAUGUAUGGGGUGUCUCUGUCAGGCCGUCUCCGGCUGCAAGCAAGGCGAAACGUGUGACGGACAUGCUUGUGGAUUAUUCCACAUUACCCAGCCGUAUUGGAAUAGUGCUGGAAAAGUGACGCUGAUUGGUCAAGCUCCAGAUCAACCUGAUGCCCAGCUAAUGACAACCAGCAACGUGACCGUAACGAAAGAGUGUCUGGCCUGUCUAUGCCAGGCCAUCUCUGGCUGCAAGCAAGGCGUAAGGUGUGAAGGAGUAGUCUGCGGCGUAUACCGCAUCACCAAGGGCUUUUGGGAUGAUGCUGACAGACCAACAUUGCCUGGCCAAAGUCCAGAAGAGGAUGAUGCAUAUUCGAACUGCGCGAUAGACCCAUACUGCGCCGCGCAAGCUGUCGAAGGCUACAUGCAGAGAUACGCACAGGAUUGCAAUAACGAUGGCGUGGUGAAUUGUUACGACUACAUCGCGAUACACAAAUUGGGACCCUUCGGAUGCAGCGCGCCUCUCCAAAAGAGCUACUUAAAAGUCUUCAACAACUGCGAAGCUGCUGUGGCUGCAGCGAAACAGGGAUUGGGUACAAUUAAAUAAAUCGUAUCCUUGGUAUAACAAAGCCAUAAAUCAUCAUACGUCAGUAGUGAUUAUCAUAUGAAUAUAAACACAAACUACAUGAAACAAAUUAUCUGUAAAAUUUUAUAACUCUACUAAAUAACGCACACACUCAACAUAGCCCCGCACUAGGGAAACCCUGUGUCGCGGGUGCCAUGGACACACACAUAGACAAC